GCGAGGACUGCAUGUGCGCUUGCAUCGGGAACGGUGCGUGGGAGUUGUUCUCUCUCUACCUGCCAUUUGCAUUCCUUCUUUAUUCUCCACGUUGAUCCUCGGACGAGUGCGGGCGCACAGGGAGUCCCAUUACCGAGGGAGGAUCGCGCUGCGUGUGUGUGCGUGUGAGCGUGUGUGUGUGGGUUAAAAAAAACUACGGCUGUCAUCUUAGAACCGCGGCACUGCUGUUGUGGAGAAAGUCGUUGGAAAUCUGCAAGAAACGGGUGGCUGCUAUCUUUUCUUCUACACCCCCUUCAAUUUUAUUGUUUUAAAGCUGUCUUUUAAGGCGAUGGACUUGAGAUAGUGCGUCUCAAUUUGAGUGUUGGUGACUGGGAGUUGCCGUUGGGGAGAAAUGCGAGAGGAUGCUUGGAAGCAGUGAAGGAUACAGCAGGUAACCGAUAAGAUGGCGGCCAGGGAAGCGACUGGGCACAGCUACCUGGUGGCUUUCUGGCAGCCCAUUCUGAUACUGAUGCUUGGCGCCGUGCUGUCUGGCUCCACUACAGGCUGUCCAUCCCGCUGUGAGUGCAAUGUUCAAGAGCGCUCUGUGAUGUGCCACCGCAAAAAGCUCAUGACAGUUCCCGAGGGCAUUCCUGCAGAAACAAAACUGCUGGACCUGAGCAAGAACCGCAUCAGAACCAUCAACCCAGACGAGUUUGCCAUUUUCCCCAACCUCGAAAACCUGGAGCUCAGUGAAAACACGAUCUCCACCAUUGAACCUGGAGCAUUCAAUAACCUUUACGGUCUGCGGACAUUAGGGCUGCGUAGCAACAAGCUCAAGCUGAUACAGCUUGGGGUAUUCACAGGCCUGAGUAAUCUCACACAGCUGGACAUAAGUGAGAACAAGAUUGUCAUCCUGUUGGACUACAUGUUCCAGGAUUUGUACAACCUGCGGUCCUUAGAGGUGGGUGAUAAUGACCUUGUUUUCAUCUCCCACCGAGCUUUUCACGGGCUUAGUAGCCUUGAGCACCUGAGUCUUGAGAAGUGCAACCUGUCCUCCGUACCAACAGAUGCUUUUACACACCUUCACAAUUUGAUCACGCUCAGGCUGCGUCUCCUCAAUAUCAAUGUGAUACGGGAUUAUUCCUUCAAACGGCUCUACCGGCUGAAAGUGUUGGAAAUAGCCAAUUGGCCUUAUCUGGAUACGAUGACUCCAAAUUGCUUGUAUGGAUUAAAUCUCACCUCCCUGACCAUUGCAAAUGCCAACCUGACAACAAUUCCUUAUGUUGCCCUGCGGCACUUGGUCUAUUUGCGCUUUCUUAAUAUCUCCUAUAACCCUAUCCAUACCAUUGAGGGGAAUAAGCUUCAUGACCUUCUGCGUUUGCAGGAAUUUCACCUGGUUGGAGGCAGACUGGCAAUGAUUGAGCCCUACUCUUUCCGUGGUCUAAACUACCUGAAGAUCCUAAAUGUUUCUGGAAACACUCUAACUACUUUAGAGGAGUCUGCUUUCCAUUCAGUUGGCAACCUGGAAACCCUUGCCUUGUAUGAUAACCCCCUGGCCUGUGACUGCAGACUGUUAUGGGUUUUCCGACGACGCUGGAGACUGAACUUCAACAGGCAGCAGCCUACCUGUGCCUCCCCUGAGUUUGUCCAAGGCAAAGAAUUCAAAGACUUUCCAGAUGUCCUGCAGCCAAACUACUUCACGUGUCGCAAGUCUAGGAUUAGGGAUCGCAAACCUCAGCAGAAAUAUGUUGACGAAGGAGCCAUUGUUCAUUUCGCUUGCCAAGCAGAUGGAGAUCCUUCUCCAGUGAUAAUGUGGCUAUCUCCGCAAAAGAAGUUUAUCACCUCCAAGACAAUUGGAAGGCUUUCCGUGUUGCCAGAUGGUACCCUGGAGGUUCGAUAUGCCCAGACCCAAGACAAUGGUACAUAUGCGUGUAUAGCUAGCAACGCCGGCGGAAAUGACACCUCCCCUGCUCACCUUCACAUCCAUAGCUACUCGCCUGACUGGCCACAAAGGUCCAACAAGACUUUAGCCUUCAUCUCCAACCAGCCCGCUGAAACUGGUAAUGGUACACGAGCCAAUGCCCCUUUCCCCUUUGAUAUUAAGACGUUGAUCAUUGCCACUACAAUGGGCUUCAUCUCUUUUCUCGGUGUCGUCUUGUUUUGCCUGGUGCUGCUCUUCCUAUGGAGUAGAGGUAAAGGCGCCACGAAGCACAACAUCGAGAUCGAGUAUGUGCCACGGAAAUCGGACGCUGGCAUGAGCAGCAGCACAGCGGAUGCUCCUCGCAAGUUUAACAUGAAAAUGAUAUAACCCAGACAAGGAAUUUAUUAAUUUUGAACAAAAAAAAAGACAAAUGGAAAAGAAGACAUUUUCUUUCCUCCCUUACCAACCUGUGGAUCCUGGUCUGUGAACAUAGAGUAAAAUGUUUUUUUCUGAUCUAAGUGCUAAAGAAGAGAGCACUUCCUGACUUUCACAUGUAAGAGGGGAUGAAAGCACCUCCAGUGCUACAAGGCAUUGGUGGUUUCUACAUGGCCUGUGAAGGCAUCAACUGACAGUCAACUUUGUCAUAUCAGUUCAUAUUCCUGUGGAUGUAUACUGGGAACAAUAUAUCUGAAAAGAAAACACUUCAAACAGCCAGUAUGGGAGGGGCAGAUCAAACAUCGCUGUUUUGUGUCUGUAUUUUUUUAUUUUAUGUUAUUUUUUUCUUACAUUUGUUUCCAAGGUUGAAUGUCAAGUUAUGAAUGAGAUUUGUAUAGGUUGAUGAGCACAUGUAUACAACGUACAAUUUAAAUGAAUCAUCCUUAUACUAUGUUCUACAUAUGGUCCGUUUUCUUUCCUACAGUGAUGAUUGUUCUGUAAACCAUCAAAUGUAUAUGUUGGUCACAAUACCUGAUGAACAAAAAAAAAGUAUGUCCCCACCAGUGAGCAGAAAUAUAUAACAAAGUAUAGCAAAAUGACAUGAUAGGAAAUACAGAAUGAGGCACAAUAGAAAAUCUUAUUUGCAGCUAAUUCAUAGCCAACUUCUUGUCCGAGAAAGAACAAUGAAGGGUACUGUAAACCAGUUGGUCAUUAGGUGACCUGAAAAACAGAAUGAUACACAUAAGUCCUCUGAAAUUACAUAUGGAGAUAUAUAAAGGUACAUAUAGAGCAACUUCAAAUAUGAAUUGCCAUGUUAUGUACUGUAAAAAUCAAACAAAAGGGUAUGUAAGAAUCCAUUUAAUGUGACUCACAGGAUUUUUAUCAUUGGGAAAUUGCUCUAAUAAAGCCUUUUGAGCCAUGUAUCUGAUAUCAGUGUCAAUGUCAGUCACCCCUAUUAUGCACACAGUGCACAAACAUGGAUUGAGAGCAGGAUACAUAAUGAAAUGUGAGAUGUUGCUGAUAUGAUGGAGCUCUGUACCAACAAUAGACACAGCAUCUAUCAAGCUGAAUAGUUAAUUUUAGGACGUUGAUACUGUAAGCGCUUAAUAAUGGUAUUAUUUGUGCUCAACAUGAUUGCGAGGAAGAAAAAGUUUGGUGCUCCAAUGUUUUAAUAUAUGUGCUCUUCAAGCUGUAGAAUACUUCUUUCAUAGUUUUUUUCUUUUUUCUUGAUCGUUUAACAAAAUCAAUUGUUUAUGUCGAUGAUCCCCCCCCCAUCAAAGCCAUGGACAUAUUACCCUCCAGGAUCAUUUAAAGGUUUGCUAUUCCCCAGAAAUGUGCAAUGUUUGUCAGUGGAAAAAGAACUGUGCAUACAAUGCUCCCAGUUGGACCUGCAUAUAAACAUCUGACGUUACAGCCUUUUCCUUUUCGAACACACACUGUGGACAGCUUGGCUUUGCAACAUGUGUGAGGAUAGAGGCUAAGUUAUUUAUGAUGGAUGACAUUACAGACAACGACAGAGUAAUGGGCUGGAAGUAUGGACAGAAUAUGCAGAUGGUUUGAGUGACACAGAUGGUUUUACCCAUGGAGCAAUCUGAAGCAGCUUUGGUGUAAUCCAUUUUGCAUAAAGAAAAAAAAAAUACCACUGGAUAUGGCUCAUCGUUCUCCCUCUUGCUGAAUGCUCUCUUUGUUCAAAGUGUGGCUACUGUACCCAGCCUUUUUUUGGUCCCGAGUGAUCCCGGGAUUCCGUUUUUUGUUUCUGUUCUAACAUUUUUUUUAAUUUUGACCCUGGACUAUGUUGAACAUGUAGUCCAAGCCAACUUUUUACUAAAAAAAAAAGUUAAAAAAAUAAAUCUAUGGAAAAUACAUUAAAAUUGUUCUGUGCAAUAAAGGUAAUAUGCAGAUUUUUUUUUUUUAAUUAACAAAAUUUCAUUGAUGUUGAAUUGUUGAGAAUAUGGUAUGUUGUAUUAAACAAUCUAUGGACUUUUUUAAACACA